CCCAAGAGUGGGUCACAUGUGUUGAGGACAUGCUCUGAAACACCGCCCUUCCAGAAGGAGGGCUAAAGCAAUGUCAACGAUUGGGAACUUUGAAGGAUUCCAGCCAGUGUCCCUGAAGCAAGAGGGAGAUCACCAACCUUCUGAGACUGACCACUUAGCCAUGUACGAGGGGGACUCGAGCAAGAAACCAGGACAAAGGCGGAUCUCAAGACAGCCGAGUGUGACUAAAUCGACUCUUUACCCCAAUCCGUAUCACCAGCCCUAUGCUUCACGAAAGUACUUUGCUACCCGGCCAGGGGCCAUUGAGACUGCAGUGGAAGACUUGAGGGGACACAUUACACAAACUUCUGGAGAGACAGUUCAAGGCUUCUGGCUCCUGACAGAGAUUGAUCAUUGGAAUAACGAGAAGGAGAAGAUCCUGAUUCUCACAGACAAGACCCUCCUGAUCUGCAAAUAUGACUUCAUCAUGCUUAGCUGUGUGCAGACACAGCAGAUUCCUCUGAGUGCCAUCUGUCGUGUCUACCUGGGCAAGUUCAUCUUCCCAGGGAUGUCUCUGGACAAGAGACCAGGCGAAGGCCUUCGGAUUUGCUGGGGGAGCACCGAGGGACAGUCUCUAUUGUCACGCUGGAAUCCGUGGUCCACUGAGGUUCCUUAUGCUACCUUCACUGAGCAUCCUAUGAAAUACACUAAUGAGAAGUUCCUUGAGAUUUGCAAGUUGUCUGGAUUCACAUCCAAGCUCAUCCCAGCUAUUGAGAAGGCUCACAAGAAUUCUGCUGGAUCUGGAAGAGAAGAGGAACUGAUGGUGUUAACCCAACCCAUUCUGAUUGAGACCUAUGCAGGGCUCAUGUCAUUCAUUGGGAACCGAAACAAACUUGGCUAUUCCCUUGCUCGGGGGAGUAUUGGCUUUUGAGACUCUUUGUAACAAAGUACAUCACCUGUAGAUAACCUAUGUGUUUAAAUUUACUACAUUGUUUGGAUUCCAAUAGUUACUUUCAAAUAAUAUUUAAAGGGCUGAUUUAUUAUUAUUAUUAUUAAAAACUUGAUUAGACUAGUAGACAUUUGAAGCCUCAUAGGAGAGAA